UGGGCCGGAGCCAUCUGUAGCAGUCCCUACGAACACUCAAAAUAGAGGAAUGGUCACGAAUUAAACUAUAUCCACCGUUAAAAAUGUGACGAUCAGGGCCAGGAUAAUGCCCCAGGUAGGCCUUAUGCCUUGCCACCACCCCUCCUCUCUUUCCCCGUUUCCGACCCUUCCUUCGUGGAAUGUCGCAUGGAGAACGGCAAAGAUAGGGUGGAACAGCUGCCAGAAAUGGAGGAAGGCUCUUUGAUGGCUUUCCCGGCUCGAAAACGAGCAACUUCUCUAUUGAGGCCCUGAUACUAAUAAGGGCAAGGCGAUCAUAUACCAGGGCAGACGAGGUGUUAUGAAAACAGUGUAACAAACAUAUUAAAACAAACCACAAACACCACAGCCGCAGACGGCCAGCCACAUACACCGGCGCCAUCUUGUCAGAUGCUUGCUAUGCUGAUUGUUCUGUUAAAUAGCAAUGGUCCUUUUUAUCAGCCUUACAUCUAGAAAGAUGCGUAUUGCGCCGUUAGAGGUAAAAUUCUUGGACUGGCGCAAGACAGACAAAAGCGAAAGCAUUUGCCAAGAAUGUUUUCAUUAAUCAAGGGAAAAAUGACAAACUUCAUUGGUUAUCUGAUUAGUUGCUGAUUUAUUUGUCAGUCUUGUGAUCAGUUAGUUGUUAUAGCUCUACCCAUUCUCAUUAUCUUUUAGAUGAAAGACACAGAUCUUGAAGAUUCUGGUGAACUAUAUGAUUCUGCAUCAGGGAGCAAGGAUGAUUAUAUUCCAGAAACUGAUACCACCUCUGAAAGUAACAGUGACAGUGAUGCUAGCCUUAAACUAAACCUAAAGACAAAACGUCAGUCUCUUGAAUUGGAUGUCAUUGGCUCAAUGAGUCCCCCUGUCUGUGACAGCACAGUGCCAGACAAAAUAACCUUUGGCAUGCACAGCCUUGCAUCUGAAGCCUCUGGAGCAGAAGAAGAAUCCUGUUCAAGUCAGAACAUAAAUGACAUCAUAGUUGUUGGCACAUGCAAGAAAGGAGAUGGGAAGAGAGUGUACGACAAGAGACAUUAUUGCUUGUAUUGCUGUAAGCCUUUUGCAAAAAUGGCAAGGCAUCUAGAACGUGCACAUGAAGAUAAAUCUGAUGUAACUAAAGCGCUAAGCUUUCCAAAGAGUUCCAAGGAGAGAAAGCAACAACUGGAUUAUAUUCGUAACAGAGGAAACUAUGCUCACAAUGCUGCAGUUAUGGAGUCAGGAAAGGGGCAACUAGUCCCAUUUAAAAGGCCACCUAAAGAAGUGCAGGGAAAUGACUUCAUGCACUGUGCAUACUGUCAAGGACUAUUUACAAGAAAGGUCCUGUGGCGACAUAUGCGUAGUUGUAGACUGAAACCUGGAUCAGUUGCCCCCAAGCCAGGAAAGAAUCGUGUUCAGUCCAUGUGUACAUACACAGGGCCUGUGCCUGAACACAUAAGUAAACAACUGUGGAGAGUAAUCAGUGCCAUGAAUCCUGACCCAAUCACAGAUGUAAUAAAAAAUGACCAAGUCAUUAUUGAUGCUGGACAGCACUUGUUAAACAAAGGUGGGACAUCAGCCAAGAAUCAUCAGUUUGUGCGGGAGAAGAUGCGAGAAAUGGGAAGGCUGCUUCACAAUGCUAGGAGAGUUACCACCAUAAAAAAAAUGGAAGAUUUCAUAAAUCCAAAGAAGUACAUGGAGACUGUUAAAGCUGUCAAGUUUACAUGUGGGUAUGAUAGUGAAACAGCCAAGUUUGUGAUUCCAUCAUUAGCAAACAAACUUGGGAAUGCCCUUGUUAAAGUAAGCAAACUCUUAAAAGCUCAGGGUUUAAUCUCAAACAACAAAGAGCUUGUGAAAAAUGCCAGUGACUUUCAAGAUGUCCAUCAGGAAAAGUGGAAUGAGAUGAUCUCAGCUACAGCGUUGAGGAACAUCAGGGAGGCAAAAUGGAAUGUGCCCACUCUCAUGCCCUUUACUGAAGAUGUCCAAAAAAUGCAUGCACAUCUCAAUCAAGUGCAAGAGGAGUGGUACAAUUCACUCUCUGAAAGUCCCUCUACAAAAGCCUGGAUGGAGCUGACAAAGGUGUGUCUGGUCCAGAUCAUUCUCUUUAACCGGCGCAGGGAAGGAGAGGUAGCGAGCAUGCCCUUAUCUGCAUUUUCAUCAAGAGACACUUCUGAUCUGCAUGAGGAUGUGGAGUGGGCGCUCUCUGAAGUGGAGAAAAAUCUCUGCAGACACUUCUCAAGAAUUGUUAUCAGGGGAAAACGUGGUCGCCCAGUUCCAAUUCUGCUGACUCCAAAAAUGCUGUGUGCAUUAGAACUCCUUGUUCAGCAGAGAGAGGCUUGUGGGGUUCUCAAAGACAAUGCUUAUAUGUUUGCAAGACCAGAAGCUAUGACACAUUUCCGAGGUUGCGACUGCAUCCGUGGCUUUGCAAAGGUGUGUGGUGCAAAGUGUCCCCAGGCACUGACAUCUACCAGACUGCGAAAGCAUGCUGCAACCCUUUCAACAGUGCUGAACAUGACAGACACAGAGAUGGACCAGCUGGCCAACUUCCUGGGACAUGACAUAAGAGUCCAUCGUGAGUUCUAUCGACUCCCUGAGAAGACCCUACAACUUGCCAAGAUCAGCAAAGUUCUAAUGGCACUCGAGCAAGGAAGAUUAGCUGAGUUUCAUGGCAAGAACUUGGAUGAAAUUCAGAUAGAUCCAGAUGAAAAAGUUCUGGACAUUGACAAGGAAGAUGGGACCAUACAGGAUGGAAAUUUGUCAUCUACUGCUGAUGAACCACCAGUAGAGGGGACAUUUCCUCCUACCCAGAGGAAUGAAAUGCCACAGCCCCUACCACCUAAGAGAUGCAAACCAUCAUCAAAUGAUGAAAUACUUUCAGAAGCUAGUGUGAUGAGGGCUUCAUCCAAAGGUGAACUCUUUACACAUUUCUCAUAUGUCAGUAAUGAUUAUGUCUGCUCAUUUUUGGAGAUGUUAUGUCGGUGUACAUAUUAAACUAGAAAUGGCCAAAUGUUGUAGUAGCAGUAAUAGCAGCCAAAAGGGAAUGUAAAAAGAAACUCAGCACACCUUUUAAUCACUGGCAAUCUUACAACUGUUUGUAGUUUUGUCCUUUCAAAUCUGAAACUGUUGCUCAGUUUAUUAAACCAAACAUUAACACAGUAACAGAGUGAGCUCUUAAACAAGAUAUUAAUUUGCUUAACAUGUGCAUUGUGUUAAGCACAUUGAAUUGCUGUUGUGUAUGAAAAUGUGGUAUAAAUGUAUUAUAUAAAUAUUAAUAUAAAUGAUGUUUCCAUUUGAAAUGUUUCCACCAUGUUGCUGUCCCCAGCAGCUCUAAAUUGCUCUGCUCUGUCUGCAUAUGAAUCUUCACAUGAUGCUCAGAAAACUAUUCAGUAGUUGUUGAUAGCAUUACUUUGCAGUUGCUGGAAUCUACUAUGUGCUUGAAGUUGGACUAGUAAUAGUAACUGUUCUAAUAACUGGUGAUUAACAACUCUGGAGCAGUUCAAUGAAAGGAUGGAUGUGUGGUAAUAACUUGCAGUAUUACUUACUCUAGAAGCAAAUCAACUUCAUGUAGCUUUAGUAUCAAUUGAAAUAAUUAACACAAUUAAAGCUGCUAAAGCCAUAAUCACCACAGUAGUACUGAUAAUUGUUGUAAUGUGUUGUAUACAUCUUUAGAUGUAGUAAGAUAGCUAGAUGAAUUUACCCAAAUGAUCCAAAAUGUUGAUAAGAACAUGAUAAAUGCAUGUGUCCUGAAAUUUUUUUGAAAAAUUCAAAUUAAUAUCAUUUUCAUGAAUGUAUAAAAAGUGAGCCCAUGACUGUGCUCUGCUUUAACAAUUCCUUUCAUAAGGUAAUGCAAUAUGCAUGGCCUAUAGGAAAA